AUGACUGGUGGAGGAGGUGGUGGAGGUGGGAGAGUAGUUGGUGGGGGUGGCGGUGGUGGUGGUGGUGGUGGGGGAAGAGUAGUUGGUGGCGGUGGUGGUGGAGGUGGGAGUGUGGUUGGUGGUGGAGGAGGAGGAGGAGGAGGUGGUGGUGGUGGUGGUGGUGGCGGAGCAGGAGCGACUUGUGGCGUACAGCAAGUCGAACAAACAGAUACACAUUUUGGCAUGCAGAGGCUGAUGCAGAUCUGCGUCGGGCAGGUCAUGCAAGUCUGCUGGCAUACA